CCUCCUUCCACGGCCGACCCAAUACAUGCAUAUAUAAACCCCAGCAAGGCAACGACAUUCGACUCAUAGAUUUCCUCAAAUCAGCUUACCAAAAACUGUCAGUUCCUAAAACUUGUGAACCCAAAUCCCAGAUUUCUUCUCUGCUCUGUUCUGUUCGUUUGUGUCAUACUCUGAACUUAGCUAUGGGCUUUCUAAGCAAGAAGUCAGACGAGGCCGCCCGGUCCAGUGCCUUCUCCUCACCCGAGCGGGACAAUGAGACGAGCAAAGCUAGCAGCUCGCCUCCGAAGUCAGCCCUCGAGAGGCUUCGCCACAACCUCUCGCCGAAGAAACUCAGCCCGCCUAGCCCAGCGCUUGAUGUUGUGGCAGAUGGGGAGGAUCGUACUCCCGGCAGCGGAGGCCUCCAGCCGGUGUUUGACUACUUCGAUGAGAAUGGUGACGGGAGGAUAUCCCCCGUGGAGCUGAGGAGCUGCGUGAAUGCGCUUGGAGGGGUGCUCUCGGAGGAGGAGGCAGAGGUGGCGAUUAGGGCCUCGGACGAGGACGGGGACGGGCUGCUGAGGUACGAGGAGUUCGAGAGGCUGGUGGAGGGCUGCGGGGAGGAGGAGAGGGACAGGGGGCUGAGGGAGGCCUUUGGAAUGUACGAGAUGAAGGGGAAGGGAUACAUUACGGCUGCGAGCCUGAAGAAGAUGCUCAGCCGGCUCGGCCAGUCUCGGUCCAUCGACGACUGCAAGGCGAUGAUCAUGGCCUUCGACCUCAACGGCGAUGGCGUCCUCACCUUCGACGAGUUCCGAGUCAUGAUGCGCUGAAUCACAUCGCUGCAUUCACCAGAAAUUUCAUUUUGUUUGAUGUAAUGUGAUUUCAUUCAUUCAUUAUCGACACGGACGAAUGUAUAUAGAAUUUAUUUCCCGAUGACUCAUAUUCGUUUGUUCAUUGGUUCAUUUUGUAUGAUAAUUGAUGCGUGACCACUAUUGAUUUCACAACUUAAAAUAACAUCUACUGCUUGGACUA